GGAAGAUUAUGUGAAAUAGAAACUUUUAGUUCAACCCACUUUUGGUUUAAUUGUAACAAUAAUCAUAAAGAGAAACAUUCAUCAUGAAGCUUGCAGCUCUAUUGUCGUUAUGUGCCCUUCUUGCCUUAUCAUCAGCCGCCAUCACACCCCCGCUGCUGUUUGGCACCUGUGUGGAGAUGUGCAGUUCCAGCCUCCUGCUACGCUCUGUUGGUUACCGCAGGUGUGCUGAGGGCUACGAGUGCAUGUCUAACGGUUGUGGUCACACGUGUCAGCCCGUCUUAGUUGGUAAACGAGCAUGCGGUCCAGUCUGCGACAUCUACUGUAUCUAUGGCAACGUGAUGGUCAAUGGCUGCCCUACCUGCGCCUGUAAUCGUGAUCCUUUGAUCCCUCUCUAGGAAAAUGUAGACCGGUCUUCUACGCAAAUUUGGAUCCUAGAUGAUGCUUUGUUCUUGUUUGUGUAGCAA